AUGACCAAAGCCGGUCGAAUAUGUCAGAAGACUCAGAACUCAAAGUGGGAAAUCACACUUCAUGAUGGAGUGACGACACCUUCUGGUCUACUUCUAGGACGGCGGCCUGAAUGGGCUACUACUUCUAUGCCUAGUAGAGGCAAUUUCACGCCAGAAUUUCCUUUUGUGAACAUUUCUUUCAAUAUAAAAGAAAAUCAGAAAUUUUUUGAAUUUGAACAAGCGAUGAAAAACUACACAUUUGGACUGUACUCUUAA